AUGGCUGGUUUCAAUCCUUUCCGCGCCAGAAAUCCUGACGGUAGCUCCGCUGGUGCCACGACAUCACCAUCAAUCCCUGACAAUGUGUCGCUCGACAUCUUCACCAAACCAGCUUCAUCGGUGCCUACGCAGCUGCCCAACGGUUAUCCCAAAAAACCUUCGUUGUCGCUUGAACUUGAGACCGAUGACUCGACAUCAUCAGACGAGCAGACCGCGGAUCCGUUCAAUCCCGACUCUUCCGUGAGCGACACUGACAACGAGCCUGGCCACGAUGGAAAUAUUCAGCGGAGAAGCUCCACGAGCUCGGCGCUUGAUGAUCGCCCGCGAGAAUUCUUUGGGUCUUCUCCACACCCAGCUCCAUCCGCUGAUGGGUCGACGGCCACGCCAUCGUUCAACUUGCCAUUUGUACCUACUACUACACAGACGAUUCGGUCAGGAUCAGAGAUUAGACUGGGCUCGGGCUCAAGCACACUGCAAGAAAUCGUUCCACCACCGGUGACUCGGGAUGGGGGCCAGACACAAACAUCUCGAUCUCCACCGGAACCAGGCACCAAUACAUCACCCCCAAGUCGGGCCAACAAAGAAAAGAAGCCACCACCUCCCCCGCGAAGUCAUCACGGCAAACGAAUUAGCACAUCUACGAAUGCUACAGCUAACACGAGAGUCAAUGCCGCUUCUUCGUCUUCCCACACCUCACCACCUCGAUCUACUAACCGCCUCUCAUACCAUGCCUCGUCCCCAGAGAGCCAGAUCUCUACUCGCCGGGCUGGCACCCCCAAUGCUAGCUCGACAAGCCAGGCCACAGGGGCAGACUACUUCUCCUUCUCGGUUUCUUCCGAGGACCAGCAGCGCGCACGAGCACCGCACUCGAGCUAUCCCGCCGAAUCCGUCCAGCGCAGUGCCUCUCAACACUCCCAGCAUAAACGUCCACCCACACCCCCUCUUAGUCGCCGACAUAGCCAGAUGCGACGGUCCAAGUCUAUACAGUCCAAGUCAAGCGGCAGCCGUUUGACCAUGUCGUCGCGUGAUUCCGAGAGCACCGACAGCUCAGGACCCCCCAGCCCAGGCCCCUCCACCCGCUCUGUGGCCUCGUCUAUAUCAGAUCGCAAGCGCCUCAGCAUGCCACCACCCUCUUCCUCUAGGUCCAGGGAGAGGGAAGCAGAGCCACGUCCUGCUCCCGGGCAUUCCCUAUCACCAGACUCCCUCUCACCACCCCCCACAACCACCAGAUCAAAUCCUCCCCCCACCCGAUCGCCGUGCCUCUUCACACGGCAGUAUACUGUCCGGCGGCUCGCUCGCUUCUGCAGCACCACCGCCCCCGCCACCUCCGCGCCGCGCGCGAGACUCUACUUCCCGUAG